AUGACUACCACCAGCUCAGCCGCCCAAGACGAAUUCAACGAACUCCUCCGCGACAAGCACAUUGACAACCGCCACCCCGAAGACCGUCUAGACGACAGCGAUCUCUCCUCGCCCGACAGUCCCGGCGCCGCCCACGACUACGACGAGACGGUCGACAGCGACGACCAAGUCGACAUGCCCUCGACCAUGCGUGCAAACUACUACAUGCCCGCCCUGCGCUCCGAGGCCAACACGGGCCCCAAGGGCGUCAUCGCCGACGCCCAGGCCUUUGAGCAGGCCAAGAAGCAGGCCCGCCGCUUCACCUGGAAGGCAAAGAACAGUGCGGCUGCUGGCCAGAACUUUGCCAAUCUGCCUGCUGGUGGGGGGUGGCAGGAUGAGAAGAGUAGUGACGAGGACAGUGACGAGGGCUUCAUGCGUGUCUGGCGGGAUCAGCGGCUCAGGGAGCUGCAGAGUGUGGGUGAGCGGAUUCGCAGUCGGACGAAUAGUCCUAGUCGAAGGAUUUGGGGCAGUAUGCCGGAGGUGGAUCCUUUGGGCUAUCUGGAUGCUGUGGAUAAGACGGCGCCGAAUGUUGUUGUCGUUGUCUUCAUCCGCCCACGGUUAACUGAAUGCCCACCGGAUGCUUUAAACAAGGAGAAAAUGGCUCCUAUUUAUGCCAAAGCUAACCAAGCAGAGGCGUGCAUGUACGAUGUAGCAAAACGAAAUGACACCGUUCGUUUCGUACUGAUGUACGGAGACGAUGCAGAGCAGGACGACGACCGCGUACUACCUGCCAUACUUGCAUACAAGGGCGGCGACAGAAUUGCAACACUUCUGCCAUUGCUGGAAGAGUUCCAAGACGAGGAUGAGAUCAGCGCCAUCAGCCUGGAGACAAUCAUGAGACAAUUACCAGAAAUCGCAUCCUUUGAUUUUGUGCCUCACUUGUUUACCGCCCGACAUGCACAUGUAUUCCUUUUCAUGUUUCUCUUUGCAACCCUCACCGCAAUCCCUUGA